GUGGGGAACAAGCAGGACAUCCUCAUGGCGGGCAUCAACAGCAAUAGCAACAGCAACAGCGCCGAGUUGAGGCGGCGCGACAUCAUCAACCUGGUGAAGAAGCACUGGAAGUGCUCCUACGUGGAGUGCAGCGCCAAGUACAACUGGCGGAUCGUGGCCAUCUUCAAGGAGCUCAUGAAGACCAUCGACGCCAUGGAGUACUCCGCCCACAACUUCGGACACAAACAAGUCGUCUCUCCCAUGAUCGAUAAUAUACACAACGCUUUAGAUAAUAAUAAAUGUGUUAUUUUAUGAUGAAUGUUUCAAUUAAAUUGUUCUGUUGACAGA